CUCCACCUCUGAUCCAUCUUUACUCUUAGGGAGUCGCGGAGGUGGAGGCGACGGCGGCCGUGAAGGGUCAGUUUAGGGCGUGGCUGUGUCCGCGAAGGCCCAUAGCCGGGGACCGGCGGGUCUCACGUGCACCUCGCCUCCCUCCGCCGCUGAGAACGCUCCCCGGCCUCCCGGGGGCUUGCCGUGGGCUCGGCCCCCUCUGCAGAAAACUCCCCAGCCGCCUUGCAGAUUAGUCAGUCUUCCAGGGGACAGAACUCCGCCGCUGGCAUCGCCCUGCAGCCGCCGCCUCCUCCGCGCGACCCAGCGAUCGUGGAGCUCGGGAACUCCCUGGAGGGACUCAGACUCCGUUCUUGAAGAAAAGAUAACGGUAGAAGAGAUGGUGGCUGAUUGCCUGACAAAUUGUUACCAGGUCUCGGUAACUUUUGAUGAUGUGGCUGUGGACUUCACCCAAGAAGAAUGGAUUUUAUUGGAUCAAGCUCACAGAGACCUCUACAGAGAAGUGAUGCUGGAGAACUACCAGAACCUGGCCUCAGCGGGAUGUGAGGUCAUCAAACCCAGUCUGAUCUCCUGGUUGGAAGAAGAAGAUUUGCACAGAGAAGAUCUCCAAGAAUGGGAAAUGCCACUUGGCACCAAAGAGUCAACAUUGCGUCAGGAUUUUUUGAGGGCACAGACUUCCAGUGGAAUACAAACAGUCAGAAGCCAUAGUGCACAAGAACUCUGUUACUAUAUACAAUGUGGAGAAAUCUUCAGUGAGCAUUCAUAUUUCAAGACACAUAUGAAAACUCACAGUACUUGCAACACUGAACAUUUUACUCACUCAAGUCCUGAUGCCUCUGUUCAAGUGCACACCAUAAAAACAUAUCCAUGUAAGAUUUGUGGAAGAGCCUUUGGACGUUCUUCAAAUCUUAAUAGACACUUACGAAGUCACACUGGAGAAAAACCCUAUGAAUGUAAGGAAUGUGGGAAAGCCUUCACUACCUACUCAAGGCUAGUGGAACAUUUUAGAACUCAUACUGGAGAGAAACCAUAUAAAUGCAAGGACUGUGGGAAAGCUUUUGCUAAGAGGUCAGGCCUUAUAACACAUAUAUCAACCCAUGCUUCAGAGAAGCCCUUUGCAUGUAAAGAGUGUGGGAAAGCCUUUGCUUCAUCCCCACGCCUUAGUCAGCAUAUAAGAAUUCACAGUGGAGAGAGACCUUACAUAUGUAAGGAAUGUGGAAGAGCCUUCCUCACUUCCUCAUACCUACGGAACCAUAUAGGAAGAACUCACAGUGGAGAGAGACCCUAUAUAUGUGGAGAAUGUGGAAAAGCCUUCCAUUCUUACUCAAAUCUACGUAGACACGUGAGAACUCACAGUGGAGAAAGACCCUACAUAUGCAAGGAAUGUGGAAAAGCCUUCCUCAAUUCCUCAUACCUACAUAACCAUAUAAGAAAAACUCACAGUGGAGAGAUGCCUCAUAUAUGUGGUGAAUGUGGGAAAGUCUUCCAUGCUUCCUCAUACCUGCGUAGACACUUAAGAACUCACAGUGGAGAGAGACCAUGUAUAUGUAAGGAAUGUGGGAAAGCCUUCCUCAACUCCUCGUACCUACGCAAACAUCUGACCAUUCAUACUGGAGACAAACCCUAUGAGUGUAAAGACUGUGGGAAAGCCUAUCGUAGGUACAAUCUGCUACAUGACCAUUUAAAAACUCACACAGUAGAAAAGCCAUUUGAAUGUGAUGUGUGUGGGAAAUCCUUUCAAUAUUUUUCAUACCUUACUAAACACAUUCGUAUUCACACCGGAACAAAACCCUAUAAGUGUAAGUACUGUGGGAAAGAUUUCACUACUUCCUCAAGCCGAACUGAACAUAUCCGAACUCACACUGGUGAGAGGCCCUAUGAGUGUACGGAAUGUGAGAAAACCUUCACUUCAUCCUCUAACCUCAUUCACCAUGAAAAAAUCCACACUAGAGAGAAACCUUUUGUUGAGAAUGUAGGGAAGCCUACAGCAGACUUUACCUACUAACCAAACACUAGUAACUCACAGUGAACAGAAUCACUUCAGAUAGGAGGAAUGCCAAAAAUCCUUAAUCCCUCAUGUCUUGAUUCCAUCAUACUGGAACUUAGAAUUUUAAGAAACUAAUGUGGAACAGCCCCCAUUUAUGACAGUUUAUUUUGAAAACAUGAAAGAACCCAUACUCAAGAUGUCCCAUGAAUGUAAGGAAAGAAAUAUUAAAGCCCACACUAUUUCCUAGGAACUUACUAAAUAUGUGAGACUUCACAGUGAAGGGAAAUACACUGAUGUAAGACAUACAGAAGGUUGUAGUUCUGCUAAGUAUUUUUAAUUCAUUUGUUCCAACAGUUGAGAAAACUUUGAAGGUAAGGAAUGUUAGAAAGUCACAUGAACUUAAUCCUCAGUGUUUAGUAAACAUUAUAAUUCAUACCCAAAAGAAAUCAACUAUAUGGAAAUUUUGUUCAUGUGCCCUGAAAUGUAGUACUGCUGGCAGCAGUAAGGCCUGUUGGAUGAUAUUGUUUAUUUUGAACUUCUGAUAUCUGUCCUGAUAUUCCUAGAGUGAUAUAUUUUCUUUCCUCUAAGCACCAUUUCAUCUUGGUUGUUACAACUCCUGGGUAGCAAGCUGGUGAUAUGAGGACUUUUGGAAUAUAAACAUUGUUUUAGUAUGGUGUAGAUUCUCUAGUUGGCUUAUCAUACUAUUAAACAUGCUACCCUAUAAUAACUUACAGUAGCUAAAUUUCAUAAUACAGUUCUCAUGGUCUUUAAAAUGUCCUUGUUCCUCUUUCACAACUUUUAGGUAAAAGGUGAUAUAAGUAAGUAAGUAAAAUAAAUAAAUAAAUAAAUAAAUAAAUAAAUAAAUAAAUAAGCAGCAAGCAAGCAAGCAAACUAGCAAAGUCCUUUUCCCAAAACACAUUAAGCUGUGAAUCCAUAAAUGGAUUAGUCAUUGAUGAAGCCAGAGCCCUCAUGAUCCAGGUAUCUCUUACAUCCCACACUGUGAACACUACAGCCCUGGGGACCAAGUCUUCAGUAUAUGAACUUUUGGAGUACGUUUCAGAUCGGAAUCAUAAUACAAUCCUCCCAGGUUCUGGUAAUUCCUCAAGAUUGCAAAUAGCUCAAAUGCUUGGAACAUAUGUUUUACAGUCAUUUUAAAUUUGUGGUUGUUUUCUAUGUGUGUAUGUGUAUUGGGAGUGGGAUAAGCAUACAUGUCACAGUGCACAUAUGAAGAGUAGAAGACAACUUGCAGUUCAAUCCUUCUACCAUGUGGGUCCCAGGGAUAAAACUCAGGUUGUCAGGCAUGGCUUGGCAAGCACCUUUACACACUGAGCCAUCUCACUGGCCCAUACUUUUCAUAUUCAGAACAAUCGGAGGCUGGAGAGAUGGCUAUGUGGUUAAGAAAACUUGCUGCUAUUACAGAGGACCAGAGUUUAUUUCCCUGCACUCACAUUGAGAUGUUCACAACUGCCUGUAACUCAAGCCCCAAGGCGUCAGACUCCCUCUUUUGGUCUCUGGAUACCCAUGUGCACAUACAGACACAUAAAUAAUGAAAUCUUCUUAAAAAGAAAAUCAACCAAUCCAGAGUCCCAAACCCUAUUCUUUUCUGGGAACCCACCAAGCCUGUAUGUCCCAUGUCCUAAAUCAAUAUAGAUCAAAGCUAAAGAGGAAAAGGCAUCAUCUAUAUUCUUACUCAUUAGAAUUAUUCAAAAUAAAUGAUCUUAAAAAAAUUUUUCCCAGCCAUACUUUUUCAUUCCUGGCAGAAAUUUCAAUAAGUAUUGUGGCUAAUACUUUUUUGCUUACUUACAUGUCAGCCUCCUGUCACUCUGUUUUUGCCUCUAUAGGUCUGGAUGGUGUGUCAUACUCUGUCCUUUCUCAGUAUGAUGCAUAAGAAACUUCAUUUAGUCAGGCACCAUUAUGACUUCCCAUAGAUAUUCAUAACAACCAUCUCUUCAUAGUUGGUGUUUUGUGUAUUGUUUGUUGUGCUUUGGGCAGUGCCUGGGGGACGCUGCUACUCUCGUACAUUUUUAUUUUAUAGAAGGUAGCACUUUCAUGGUUUAUAGCAGAAGACAACUUGUAGUAGGCAAUUCUUCUACCAUAUGCAUUCCAGGAAUAAAACUCAGGUUGUCAUGCUUAGUAGCAAGUGUCCUUUCAU